UGUCAACCCGCAUCACACGUCCUAUUGUGCCUAAUUCAGUCUCGCAUAAGACUUUCCACUACUGGCGUCAAUCUUUAUACAUACUUCCACUGGAGCCCAGCUCUCGAAACACCCAACGUCAGAACAUCUGUUGCUCGUCGCUGUCACAACACCCAACGGUGGCCAGUUCGCCAGUUCACUGCACGUUUGAAAGCUUCUCCCACAACGCAACUGAACAACAACGACUACUCCUUCACAACCUCUUCACAAUGCCACAGCACAAGCGUGGCCCUUGGUCGCAGGCCGAAGACAACCUGCUGCUUCACCUUGUGGACCAAUAUGGCGCGUCGAAUUGGGUCCGCAUAUCCAGCACCAUUCAGACCCGAUCCCCAAAGCAAUGUCGCGAGAGAUUUCACCAGAACCUGAAGCCGAACUUGAACCACGACCCAAUCACGCCUGAAGAAGGCGUCCUCAUCGAGCAGAUGGUGGCCGAGAUGGGCAAGCGUUGGGCAGAGAUCGCGCGUCGCCUGCGAGGACGAAGUGACAACGCCGUCAAGAACUGGUGGAAUGGUGGCAUGAACCGCCGUCGCCGCAACCAACAACAACGACAGGCAGAGUUCGAGAUUCGACACCACCAUCCUCACGCACACCCCAACAUGCACAAUAUGCCGACUGCUCCAGUGCAACAACCACUCCCACAAGCCUGGACGCAGCAGCAGUUCUUCCCACAGCAGCAGUACAUGGGCAAUCCGGGCCACGCACACCCACAGCAAUACGCACACUUUCCCACUGCGGUGGCAACGUUCGGCAGAAUGGUCGAAGCUCCCCUGCCUUCGCCGUCAGCAUAUUCCCAAAUGUCAGCGGACGGCGCCCCGUCACUGAUUUCAGAUUGCUCGUCUCUCGACAACCGCUCUCCACGCCACGGUCCAUCACCCAACCCCAUUGAGCUUCCUCCACUCGCAGGGUCGCGCGAAGAACGCCGCUCUUCUGCACCAAUGCUUCGUUUAGGUGUGCCUGGCACCUUCGCCCAAGACACCGACUUCAUGACGAUGGAGUCAUUCGGAGACAUGCGCAAGCACACACCGAUGCUGCAGGAAGCAUUCAUGCCACAGUCCUCCGGACUGCCAGCACCUACGGCAUAUCUUCCUUCGCAGCCCAGACACUCACCGCCAAUGCAACAGACUCAGCAGAUGCAGCAGAGCUUCUUGAUGGCCAACCAGCAACCACCGCGUCGGCACUCGGCGUACCCCGGCAUGCAAGGGCACAUCCCCUCAACGCCAAUGGACCAUCACCACAACAUGGCCCACGCCAAAUAUGACCAGCACAAGUAUUACGGCCACAUCGACUCCGGCAUGGCUACACCCAUCAUCUCCGGCCACUCUCCUGAGGACUCACCCAAAGACAAGAUGAGCCUCUCCAACCUCACACAUUGAACGACAGACCUUUUUCCACAGCUUCUCUUGCACAGGCACCCUUAAUGUACAUAAUUAUACUGCUUAGGACGGGCGUUUGACGAUACCCUAUGACCUUGUGGAUACAGAGCUUUUUGUGAUAGCGUUCCAGCGAAGAGUUCAGGUUGGGAGUCUUGUUUGCGCGGCUGGAGAACUGCCAUGCUCAGUUCGUAAUGUACAGCUGUACUAGAUAUUGGGAACCAAAAAUUGAAGGCGACUUAUCUUAACUUCCUCAGUCCACUCUCCAAGUGACAAUUGUCCCCCUACACCCGAUGCCUUGGGUCAAAGUCUCUGUCCCAUCCGGUGAGGCCCGCUCAGAGUGGCGCUGUCAUUGCCCACGCUCAGGUCUCCUGUCGGCACUUGAUGCUAUUCUUGCAUCCUCGUAAACCACGCG